GGGCUGGCGGCGGGUCCGGGUCUGCAGGCUGGUUCUGUGGGCGGCGGGCCAUGGAUCAGGCCCUGUUUCGGGGCCUUAUGGUGAGCCCAGCUUCCUGCUUUCUUCUCGCCGAGCCCUGCACGUCUGUGCUCUCCUCUAUCAAGGUGGAGUGCACCUUCCGCGCAGCCGUAACACGCGAAGCUGGAAGGAGGCCAACCAACCCAUCUCGCCCAUUUCACAGAUUUGCAAACUGAGAUCCAGAGAUAAGAUUUUGACUUGCCCGGUGUGUCGAAGAUAGUUUAAGGUAGAGCCCAAACCGGAACCCAGGUUUUUUGACUUCCAAUCUAUUGCACUUUGACCGUGCCACCCUCACUGAGAAACAAAGCCUUUUCCCGGUUUUUGUAACUGUAACUUGCGAUCUAGAUCUCACAAUGGGAUACUCUAAGGAGUCGUGUGAGGCCACCUGUAACUUUUUCUCUUCCCAUCAUAUUUGUCUGGAAGGGAAAUGUACACAUGAAUAAAAUGCUGCCCUUACUGAUGAUUGACACAUGCUGCUGGAGAUUGCAAACAUCCUGAGAGCAGGGGGUUUGUCCGGAUGAGAUUUGCCAAGACUUUCAUCAGUUUCCUCUGCCUUCUGGUGGCUUUGAAAUCCAUCUUUCCCCACCCCUAAAACAGUUUCCCUCUGGGAAACAGACGGUGACUUACAGCCUGGUGGGGGUGGGGGGAAGGGGAGUACCAUGGCCUGCAAUCCCCUCCAACUUGGUGGCAGUUGUCACUAUGGUCAGUGUCUACUACUGAGGGAUCAGAGCACUCAGGGCUUGCGCUCGGGGGAUAGUGAAGUUAUGCUUUGCUCUGUUCCCUCCCCUGUUCACUCUGACCAGCCACUCCUCAGUCCCCUCCCCGCCCAGCACAAUUUUUUGAAUUCUGGUUUACCUCAAUUUCCUGAGAUGAAAACUCUGUAUGUUCAUUUGCUCUACUCUGGCUUCCCCAUAGUGCUCAAACCUCAUUAGAUAAAAUGAGUGGGGGCUCAGCUUCAGACUUUGUUCAUGUAAAUCUGAUCUGUUGCUCUCUGUACCUACAAGCUUUCUAUUGACAUGUUUUGGUUGAUUUCUGGUUGAAUUUGUUUUCUAAAAUGCCUUCUAACUCUUAAAUGCUAUAAUUUUAACAAUGAGGAAUUACAGCAGCAGACACUUAUUCAGUGUUAUCACAUUGGCAGGAAUGCCCUUGCUGUUAUUUGUAGGACAGAUAGACAUCUGACCAGCCUCUCCACUUCUGCAUCCCAGGUCAUUCAUUCAGCAAGUAUUUAUUGAGCACUUCCAUGGGCCAGGAGCCAUGCGUGGCCAGUGGAGCCUGCUGUUGGGCCCUGCCCGCCUCUGCCUGCGCCUGCUUCUGCUCCUGGGCUCCAGGCGCCGCUGCCCCCCUCUGCUCCGGGGCCUGGUGCAUCGCUGGCGCUAUGGCAAGGUCUGCCUGCGCUCCAUGCUCUACAACUCCUUCGGGGGCAGUGACACUGCUGUCGAUGCCGCCUUUGAGCCCAUCUACUGGCUGGUGGACAACGUGAUCCGCUGGUGCGGGGUGGUGUUCGUGGUGCUGGUGAUUGUGUUGACCAGCUCUAUUGUGGCCAUCGCCUACCUAUGUGUCCUACCCCUCAUCCUCCGAACCUACUCAGUGCCACGACUCUGCUGGCAUUUCUUCUAUAGUCACUGGAAUCUGAUCCUCAUCGUCUUCCAUUACUACCAGGCCAUCACCACUCCACCUGGAUAUCCACCCCAGGGCAGGAAUGACAUCGCCACAGUCUCCAUCUGUAAGAAGUGCAUCUACCCCAAGCCAGCCCGAACACACCACUGCAGUGUCUGCAACAGGUGUGUGCUGAAGAUGGAUCAUCACUGUCCCUGGCUAAACAACUGUGUGGGCCACUAUAACCAUCGGUACUUCUUCUCUUUCUGCUUUUUCAUGACUCUGGGCUGUGUCUACUGCAGCUACGGAAGCUGGGACCUUUUCCGGGAGGCUUAUGCUGCCAUCGAGAAAAUGAAACAGCUCGACAAGAACAAACUACAGGCGGUUGCCAACCAGACUUAUCACCAGACCCCACCACCCACCUUCUCCUUCCGAGAAAGGGUGACUCACAAGAGUCUUGUCUACCUCUGGUUCCUGUGCAGUUCUGUGGCACUUGCCCUGGGUGCCCUGACUGUAUGGCAUGCUGUUCUCAUCAGUCGAGGUGAGACUAGCAUCGAAAGGCACAUCAACAAGAAGGAGAGACGUCGGCUGCAGGCCAAGGGCAGAGUUUUUAGGAAUCAUUACAACUAUGGCUGCUUGGACAACUGGAAGUUAUUCCUGGGUGUGGACACAGGAAGGCACUGGCUUACUCGGGUGCUGUUACCUUCCAGUCACCUGCCCCACGGAAAUGGAAUAAACUGGGACCCCCCUCCCUGGGUGACCGCUCAGUCAGCCUCUGUGAUGGCGGUGUGAGCUGGAUUCUGUCAGCCACAACUUGAGCAUCACCCUGCUUUCUGCAUUAUCUCAAGGCCUCCAAGGAUAGCUUCUUGGAAUCCUUGAGCAAAAAGAGCCAGUGGGCCUGCCUUAGGGUACCGUGCAGGGACAUCUCAAGGACCUAUCUCCUGGCCACUGCAGCAGCAAGGCACGAUGUGGAAAAAAUCCUAGGACUGAUGUUCCUUUACUCAGGCAAACAGAAGUUCCAGCCACAGACUGGAGAUUAGGCAGCUAGCAACCUUGCCGGGUGCUGACCCCAGCCUCCAGGUUACAGCACUGGAGCUGGCCACCACCUCUUCCACGUGCUGUCUGAGACAAUACCUGAAUGAUCGAACCGAGAUUCUGCCUUCCUAACAGGGCAAAGGUACCAGGCCUGCUGCUGAGGUCACUGCCACUUCCCACAUGCUGAAGGGAGCAAAAAUAAAGGUAUUUGAUUUUUAAAGAUC